UCAUAGGCGCCGCCGGUGGUUGGCACGGCGCCUGACGGGGUAUUUGUGGGUGGUGUACUUCUCGUCAAUAUCCAUAGGCCGCUCCCAGUACGAGACACGAGGGGGGUUGGCGACAGUAAGACCAACUGCACCACGCAUACAUACAUACAAGCAGACAGACAGAGAAUGAGGCCCUGCCGGCCGACCCGUCAGCUCCCCAACUGACUGACCUCGACACGGAAUGCCUCUUGCUGGCCGCCGUCGGUCGGGGUCAGAGUUACGCCAGCGAUGCGGUCGGGCACCAUGCUGUUAGGCGUCGCAAUUGGCGUCACUGUUCGGGUUCCUCGGACACUCGUGAUGAAAGCGUUUCAAACCGCAGAACUUGCAUGUGAUGUGGCACGGAAGGGGGCAGUUCCUGACUGUGUGCUCGACCUCCUUCAUGUACCACUUCCGCCCUCGACUUGGGAGUUGAAGAUGUACAGACUCCUUGCCGCCAGUCGAGGGCUUGAUAAUGUAUAGACAGACUCCUUGCCCCCAGUGAUGCAAGAUGUCAUACGGCACGUUCUUCGCAGGACAGAAAUUCUCAAAGCCAAACAACGCUAUGCCGUCGGGGCAGUGCCGCAUGCUGUAAGCCGACUCGGCCCUUUAGUAGCAUCAGAGCCGUGUCUCUCGUCAACCAAAUCAACCCACCUCUUGCGCUUGUUCUUGGGGCUUGCCGCUCAUCUAUUUCGUCAAUGAUCUGCUCCUUGGAGUAGAGAAACCCCACCAGCUCGUAUUCGUUUCGCCGGUCGUACUCAGCUGUGUUGAGGAAGCGGUCGACUCUCUCGCGAAUGGUUCUGGACGCCGUGUGGCGGAUGAGCAGGGGGCCACAAACGAGGUCAGAGGUCCCUGCCUCGCUGAAGAGGGAACCAGACAACAGCACUGGAUGCACUAUCACACCCCAAACGCAUUCGCUUACUUUCGUCGGGGAUCUCCUGGAUGGCUAUGGGGUCGCCGCCCUCUGAACACAAACAUACAAACACACACAAGUAACACACACAGAGACACACACACAGAGACACACACAGACACACGCAGAGAGCAGGGAAAUGGAGAAGUGACAGCAAGUGCAUCAGUGUGGGGCUGUUGAGUCUGACCUCUCGAGGGCUGCACCGGCUGUCCAUUCUCAUCGUCCUCACCGAUAAGACGUGCUGGACGGAGGGUUGGGGUGGACACCGACGCUCGCCCGAGAGGGAGAAGUAUGCCGACGCUCACCCGAGUGAGAAGCACGAGGGUGCAUACCUGAGUGAGAAGCACAGGGCAUGCGCGACACCCCGGUCCGCUAUGUUCUUGAUCGCCUUAUACGUACGCCCAUCGCAUGCAUGUCCAGUACAAGUGGGCUCAAUCUGAAGCACAAAUUGGCCAUCAAAGAGACAGGCCGUUACUCGCUAGGACUCCAAAUCGAUCGACAUUACCUCAAUCGCUUUCAGAUGUAUUCGUUGCGCGCGAAACACCGACAUCUGCAUGGCCUCGACGGUGAAGGGCUGCUGUAUGCACAGAGGGCUCUGGAGCCUCACGGGAAUAAGGGGAUAUUUUGUCUCCACUACCGGUACGUCUACCGGUGUACUGCAAAGAGCCAAUUCAAUCCAAGCCGUGACAGACCUCGCGUGUAUAUGUAUGUGCAUUCUUACUCGUCCUUCAUGUGUCUGGAGAUCUUCGGUACACAGAGGAUGCAAUCAUCAGACAGCAUCAGCCGGCUGUGUUCCAGUCUUGUGUAGUUCAUCAGAAUGUUCAGGUCCUGGGUGCCCUCGGACUGCACAGAGAUCACCUGGCCGGAUACCGUUGUGAUGCUGCGAGCAAACAAAUGCCAACCAACAGAUACACAAACCCUAGACAUCCAAGAUACCCUCCUUACGCUCACGCCAGAAAGUUCAUGUCUGUGUCCGACGCGAGAUUGCCUUUCCGCUCUUUCAAACUAUACUGCCUCGUCUUCUGAAAGGGCGACACACAACAACUCCUUGGUAUUGGGGCUCCUUGGUAUUGGGGAGGGGGUGAGUUUUGGGUGUGGCUAUGGACCCCAGCUGUGUGUUGCCCUGUCCGGCUGGCUCACUGUUUAUCGCGGUUUGCGUCGCUGUUUGGGUUUCUCGGACAGUCAUAAUGGAAGUGUUCCCGCAGAAUUUGCAUAUAAUCAUGCACGGGUUGGGGCAGUUGCGGACGCUGUGCUUGUGGUAUUGCGCCGUUUGCCGUGUCCUGCAGUUUGCGCAUUGUCCGGCUGAAACGAUUCCUUCUGUUGGCGCCGCGCUUGCCGUGGUGUGCUGCUGGAACGCUGGUGGGGUUAUGGGGCGAGGGCGAGCCGCGAGAGUCCGCAGUGGGUUGAUGGGAGGAGCCAGGACGGCCGGCGGCGUGUUGGGCCUGGUAGGGGCGACUUGGGCCAGCCGGCGGACCAU